AAUUGUUUGUCUACGUAUGCUCCUCCUCUUAUCAGGAGAUGUUGAACUCAAUCCUGGUCCUAUGAUUGAUGAUCGACCUGAUAUUUUCCUAUUACUUCAAUUGCUUGAACCGCUUGUUGACUGGAAACCAUUUGGUUUAUGUUUAGCUGGAAUGAAAGAACAUGAAAUUUUCAAAAUUGAACAAGAACAGAUAAAAAUUGAAGACAAAAAGUUAGUGUUAUACUCAAAAUGGUUGUCAGUCAAUCCUAAAGCAACAUGGAGAAAUGUCAUUGAUGCACUAACUAGUAUAAAUCAGAAUAAACUAGCUCAAGAUAUUAAAGAUCACAUAUACAGUGAUGCUACCUCUACAAUGUCAUCAUUAUCACCAAAAAUAUCAUGUUUUGACGGUGACACUGAAAUAAUAUUCUUUCCAAAAGAUGAUCAAACAGUUCAAGAUUCUUUGGAUGAAUUACAAACAAAAUUCUCUCACAUUAUGACAGAAAUAAAAUUAAUAUUUCAUAAAAAAGUAACUAAUAAUGAUGAACUAUUAACUAAAAUAUCAUAUUGGGUUGAGCAUCAACUUAAUUUGAAGCAUGUUACAGUAGAUAAUGUUUUAGAUGACAUUUUUGCAAAGAUACAUAUGUAUCAUCGUUAUGACUUCAUUGACUGUAGUCUGAUAGUUGCUAUGUGUAAUGAGUUUAUAAGUGAUGAAAAAGAUCUACUCGAUGAACUGAAGGCUUAUUCAUUAAAAGCUAAUACAUUUCGUUCAUCAAGACCAAUUAUUGAACUAAAACAAAAGCUACGUAAAGUGUAUGGACCUUAUAGAAGAUGUUUAGAGAAUAUGCCAUUGAUUUGUAUUGAACUUCAGAAUCCAUGGAAUGAUGUUAAGAUUAACGGACUUUAUAUUCUGAUUGAAAGAUUGCUACCAAAAGAACUUAGACA